CACGCGGGGACGCAGAGGAGAGCGCGCGCGUGACGAGCUCCCAGUUGCACCAGUAUGAAUGCACCAGUUCUGGACGCUUCCCUGCCACUUUAGACUGUUUUAUUUAUGCACGUGCAGUUUCUCUCCGCGAGGACUCCGCUCUCGAUGGCUCGUGCAUCCUGACGCGCGCCCUGGACGCACUUCACGAGGCUUCGCGAGGCAGAAUGUCCGGUCCCGGUCGGAUUCCGCACCCCGGACUCCCCGCAUGUGCUUAUGGAAUAUAGCCUGCACCGCUCGCACGCGCACGCCUAUGCUCUGUCUGCGGCUCCGGUGAAGCGAAGGCUCGCGCUGCUCGGGAUCAUGCUCGUGCUGUGGCUCUACGUUCUCUACUCGUGCACCGGCUCGUGCGCCACCGUGCCCAGCGCACCGGGAUUUAUCAGGUCGGGAGAUACAGGAAUCUUUUCUAGAGACUUGAACACCAUCACCGGGGACACGGACCCAGACGCGGGGGAGGCCGGGACGUUUCCUCGAGACCGGACGGAACCGGGAGGAGGAGACUCGGGCUUUGGAGAGGUAGAGCGCAGGACCCCGGUGCACACCGGCGGACUCUCCACGUUCUCCAGCGGCUCCGGGACUAAGCGGUUACCGCAGGCCAUUAUAGUCGGCGUGAAGAAGGGAGGGACGCGCGCGCUGCUCGAGUUUCUGCGCGUGCAUCCGGACGUACGAGCGGCGGGAGCGGAGCCGCACUUUUUUGACCGUUUCUAUGACAACGGACUCGACUGGUACAGAGACCUGAUGCCCAAAACCCUGGACGGUCAGAUCACCAUGGAGAAAACGCCCAGCUACUUCGUGACCCGCGAGGCUCCGGCCCGGAUUCACUCCAUGUCUCGUUCCACCAAGCUGAUCGUCGUGGUGAGGGAUCCGGUCACGCGGGCCAUCUCGGACUACACGCAGACCCUGUCCAAAAAGCCUGACAUUCCCUCAUUCGAAAGCCUGACCUUUAAAAACAGGACUACGGGUCUCAUCGAUACCUCAUGGAGCGCUAUACAGAUCGGAAUUUACGCCAAGCACCUGGAUAACUGGCUGCAGUUCUUCCCCAUGAAACAGAUCCUGUUCGUGAGCGGCGAGCGGCUGAUCAGCGACCCGGCCGGAGAGCUCGGGAGGGUUCAGGACUUUCUGGGGCUGAAGAGGAUCAUCACAGACAAACAUUUCUAUUUUAACCAGACCAAGGGCUUCCCGUGCUUGAAGAAGGCAGAGGGAAGCAGCAAGCCUCACUGUUUGGGUAAAACCAAAGGGCGAACGCAUCCCAACAUCCACCCCGAGGUGGUGCAGCGGCUUCGAGACUUUUACAGACCCUUUAAUAUGAAGUUCUACCAGAUGACGGGACACAAUUUCGGUUGGGAUUAAAAACGGGACACGACUGCUUCGGAAACUAUUUUUUUGUCCGUAUUUCUAAAGAAGAAAGACGUGAUAAUUGCUAUAUAUGUGUGUAAAUGUACAGAAAUCUAUUUUAUAAUAAUUUAUUUUUAAUUUUUAAGCAAAUAAUUCACUAAGCUGCCUAACCGUAUUAGUACAGAGCAUCCGGCCCACGUUCUCUCUCGUUUCCCCCCAACAUUCCUACUUUUCUAUUUCAAUUUUACGGACGUCACUUUCACUUCACGACGGCCGGAUCGAUAGACCUAACCGCGACUCCUUUAUUCAUUAUUAGAGAAUCAUUCAUACCUCUCACUAGCAGCGCGGGCAUUAAAUCGAUCGUGUCGUGGCCGACACAUGGCGCGAGGCGAUAUGUUGACAUGCUAAUCGCAUCGCAUCACAUCGCGUUUGUACCGAUCAAUCGGAUCUCUCAGGUCCCGCCGUGUCCCCGGGUGAAGGAGGCGAAUCGUAUGGGGUCGGAGCACGGGUGCUUUGCCGUCUGCAGGCAGGAAGAGGUGCGAUCAGGAUGAAGUGCAGUACCUAAAAUUUGAUCAUAGAAAUAUUUCUCUCAAAACAGAUGUUUGUUAAAGUGCCUCUGAACUGAACUGGUCAUUCAGACUGGUAACGAUAAACUAUGUACAAUAAUAACAAGUAUACU